CAAGGUUACCGCAAUCCGGAUUUUCUGAUGUAAAUAACAUUUUCAGCACGUCGCUAAAUCACACUCUUACAUUUUAACCAAAGAAGGCAGCAUAUGUUUGACUAGCAAAGUAGAUGCAUAUGCUUUACAUUCUUGUAUUUCUGACCGCUCUUAGUAUCCGAAGAGUUGGUUCUAUCGAAUGUCAUAACUGUUCAAGCAUUAAUGACGUUAAUGACUGUGUAAGUACUUCGCCCUGCCGUUACGGACAGUCGUGCUAUCUGACUUCGAAACACAACGGGGAUACUCCGCUAUACACGUUAGGUUGUAUGGAUCAUCAGGUUUGUGGACAGCAAUCCCAUGUAUCGGGUGCACUUGUUGGACGGGACCUGACUGAACGUCAGACUAGUGAUUGUCACGAGUGUUGCAGCACUGACAACUGUAACAAAUACCUUUGCCAACAUUUGAAACCGGCGGCAUGUAUAGAUGACGUCAAGGUGGACUGUGCUUUGAUGAACACAAUUUUCAAUAUCUGCCAGGACAUACAUCAUGCUAAAACAGUCUGUUCCAAAUUUUGUGGCCUUUGCUCGCUUGUUGACGGAAAUUAGGCAGAAUGGUCUCAGUGGUCAGCUUGUGAUGUCACUUGUAACAAUGGUACCCAAACUAGGACACGAACGUGCACAAACCCAGCUCCUGUCAAUAGUGGAUUGGAUUGUACAGGAAACGACACAGAUUAUAAAUUCUGCAAAAAGGGGCUGUGUCCAGUUCAUGGAGGGUGGAGUAACUGGGAGCAUUGGGAAUCUUGUUCAGUCACGUGUGGUUAUGGGAUUCAACGACGACACCGAAAUUGCUCCAACCCAUUCCCUGAUAGGUUUGGGGAUCAUUGUUUUGGUGAAGG